AAUUUUAUGUACCUAACCUACGCAGUCGAGUAUGCUAGAGUGGCGUGACAGUGGCAGGCGUAUGUUUAUAACUUCUGGCUCUUAGUGAAUUUUUAAAGUAAAAAUAACAAUGUCCAAGAACAAGGAGCUUCUGAAAAAGGACGACAUUGUCCAAGCUGUUUUAAUCGCAGAUGACUUCAGUGAGGAGUUUGAUUUAGUUACUAAAAAUACCCCAUUUGUCCUAUUACCACUUGUCAAUAAACCAAUUCUUGAUUACACCUUGGAGUUUUUAGCCUCAGGUGGUGUUGAUGAAACAUUUAUAUUCUGCUGUACUCAUAGUGAUGCAAUCAAAGAAUAUAUCAGCAAUGCAAAGAAAACUGCUAUUUGGGCCAAUGUUAUGGAUGUUCAUAUAUUAAUAUCAGAAAGUUGUACUUCACUGGGAGAUUGCUUGAGAGAUAUUUAUGCUAAAGGUGUAAUUCGUGGCAAUUUUGUGUUGGUUGAGCCUGGAGUCAUAUCAAAUAUGAAGUUACUACCAAUUCUACAGGAACACAUUGCAACUUUAAAAAAAGACAAAGGAGCCACAAUGACUUUAGUAAUGCAAGAAACAGGCUUAGAACAGAAUGGUCUCUGCUCUAUGGAGGAAACUUUAAUUGUCACAAAUGACACUAAACAAGUACUGCUUCACAGAAGGCUUGCAAAUUAUGAGGAAAAUAAAAUAAAACUUCCAUUAGAAAUGUUCCUGGAACAUGCAGAAGUGAAAAUUUGGUACAAUCCCAGAGAUACACAUAUAUCUAUUUGUGGACCAAAUGUUCUUCCACUUUUUGCUGAUAAUUUCGACUACCAAACAAGGUGGGAUUUUAUUAGGGGUAUUAUGAUGGUGGAUGAGGUUGAUGAUAGCACCAUUUACUGCCAUGUGCUCUCUGAUGGCCAAAUGGGAGCAGCCAUAACAAGCUGGGAUAUGUAUCAAAGUAUUAGUUGGGAAGUGAUUGCCGGAUGGUUUUACCCCAUAACAUUCAAGACGCAAGCGCCAAUAACUUUUGGAAAAAGCAUUGUGAAAGGGGAAAAGUGCCUUGUAUCAUCAACUGCUACCCUGGUGAACUGCAUUCUUGGCGAUAAUGUUAAAAUUGGCGAGGAUGUAUCGCUGAAAAAUUCGAUUGUCUUCUCAAACGUUAAAGUUGACCAGGCCUCUGAAAUUUACAACUGCAUAAUCGGCAAAGAUUCUAUUUUAUCCUCCAAGUCAAAAUUGAAAAACAAGAUUUAUUGUGACAGCCAAGAAGUUGAUAGGGUGCCCUUACCAAAAAUAUGUGCGGAUCCAUUCGAUGGCUUUGAAACAUCGGAUUCCGAGGAUGAAUCGUACACCACGUCACCAGUACCAGAUGAUACCAAGAUGUUCUUUUCUGAAGUUAUGGAUAGUUUGGAAAGGGGUAUCGAGGACAAAUUGCAAUGCCAUAACUUAAUUCUCGAAAUUAACUCGUCGCGCUAUGCCUAUAACGUUUCACUUAAAGAGGUAAACUACUUCGUCUGCAAGGCUAUUUUAAGUUUGCCCUUUCAACUGCAGGAUGGAUCGCAAUAUUUGCAAGCUUUGUCUCGUUGUUUAGCAUACUUCUCGCCAAUCCUCAAGAACUACAUUCGAGAUGACGACUCCAUGAACGAUUGCCUACAAGCUGUUCAGGAUGUUGCAAUUGCCAACAACGAACUAAGUUCGUGUAUUGUUAAAGUGUUGAAUUGGCUGUAUGACAAAGAUUUCUUGAGCGAAGAUGUCAUUAGUUCAUGGUUCAGCAAUUUAGACAACUCUGUAUCAAUUUACUCAAAAGUUGUGCCGUUCGUCAAGUGGCUCCAAGAAGCCGAAGAAGAAACCAGUGAUGAUGAGGACGAUUAAGUUUUAGCAAUACAAACAUGUCUUUAUUAA